AUGAAACAGUGGAGAUCUAAAUGUACAGAAGCUUUUAAUAUUGGAUCAGGUUCAAUACACAGUAAAACUAAUAAAGAUAAGCACCACAACAAACAUUUAGGUACCAUAAAACCAUCAAAGAGUUCACUUCCUAUUGAGUUGGAUGACUUAUUAUUAAGUGCACAAAAUGGAUCUAAUAGACACGCUUCAGCUGUUGCAAGACAAAUAAAUGAAAGAAUAUUAAAUGAGGAAUAUAAAUUUACAUUACUAUCCAAAAAAUGUGAAUCUAAACCAUCUAGAAGCACAACCGGAAAUAGUUGUGUAUAUACGUUAAAAUCGAACAGAUUAAAGAGGAACCGUAUGUUGGGAUCAUUAAUUAAAAAAAGUAAACAAUUCAAUAUACCUAAAGUAAAAACCAAACCAAAUUCCAAAGUUGUAGUUGAGAUUUGCUUCACAAAAUCUAUGGUAGAUGUUAUAUGGCAGGAUGGUACUAAAGAAACUGGAGUUUCUUCCACUGAUCUCUACCCAGUACAAACUCUUGAUAAUCAUGAGUUUUUUCCUGGUGAUUUUGUUACUGAAAAAAGUACUUCAUCUGACGUUUAUGGUGUUGUAGAAUCUGUGGACCAUGCAGAACGCACUGCUCAUAUACAAUGGUUUAAAGUUUAUCCUGAAAAUCCAUCAUUGCCAAAUCCUAUUGAAAAGACUUAUUUUAGUGUAUAUGACUUACGUGAUCAUCCGGAUUUCCAUUUCAAAUCUGGUUGUUUAAUUAUACAUAUUAGUUCUGAUACAAACCCAGAUUUAAAUACCUUAAAUGCUGGGCAAGUAUUAAGUGCAGGGCCUGAUGGCAGGAUCUUAGUGGUGUGGGUUAAUGGUGAAAAAACGAAAUGUUGGCCACAAGAAUUAUUUGCUGUCCAAGUACAUGAUGGCUUCAGUUUUCAAGAUGUAAAAUAUGAUGCCUCUGAAGAGUGGAUGUCUAUAACCAUUCCUGGAUCAUCUAAUAUAAACUGGAACCAAGUACACGAUAAGUGGAAAUAUGGAAGUCUAUUAGUCCAAUUACUAGAGCAAUCUGUUACGAAUUUAAAGUUAUUUCUAGAUGCUGUUAAACAAAAUUGUGACACAGAUAAAGUUCUUAAAUUAAAAAAAACUUUGGAACAAUAUAGGUUAGGAUUUAACGUCAGUUCGUUUUUACCAAAUUCAGAAUGUAAAGAAAAUGAAAAAGAAAUAGAAACAUGGUACAAGGAUCUCAUGGAUAACAUCUCAAAAUUAAUAAACAAAAUAAUCUCAAGAAUAGAUAUUAAAGAGAGAGAAGAAAGAGAAUUAGUUGAAGAAGAAGAACUGUCAUAUGAAAUUUUAAUUAAAGACAGUUUUACUACACUAAAACAGUUUGUGUCAGAUUUCAUAAAUAAAGUUAAUCAUGUUUUCAAUGAAUCAUAUCGUUCUAAGUAUGAAAUAAUAAAACAUUGUGAUACAAAAGAUGAAAGUGAUGACUAUAGUCUAGAAAUAAUGGAUGUAACUGAGCCAGCAUCUGUACUUCCAGUAAUUGAACCACAUCCUGCUGAAUGUCGUUUUAUUACAUUGGAUACAGAACCAGUAUACGAUGUAACCAAACCAGAAUAUAACCAAAGUAUGACCAAACCUGAAGAAGUUGGAGUUUUUGAUGUGGUAGAAACACUUAUUGAUAAUUCACACAAAUACAUCAAUGAUAAAGAUGAUUUAAAUCCAUCGUUAUCAAAAGUUAUUGCCAAAGACAUCCAAAUGCUUCAAAAAAGUUUACCGGCAGGAAUUUGGGUGAAAACUUUUGAAAAUCGUUUGGAUUUGUUUUCUGUAAUGAUUAGAGGACCAGAAAAAACACCAUAUGCUGGUGGUUUGUUUCUAUUUGAUAUCAAAAUUCCACCCACAUAUCCAAUCCAACCUCCACUCUGUCAUUAUUAUAGUUAUUGUGACGACCGGUUGAAUCCAAAUUUAUACGAAGAUGGAAAAGUAUGCCUUAGUCUUUUGGGUACUUGGUCGGGUCGUGGUGUUGAAUUAUGGUCACCUAAUGAUUCAAAUUUAUUACAGCUUCUAGUAUCAAUACAAGGACUGAUAUUGGUGAGUGAACCAUAUUAUAACGAACCUGGAUUUGAUUCCCAGCAAGGUCAAAAGCUUUCAAAAGAAAACUCUCGUGUUUACAACGAAAUGGCUCUGAUCAAAGUAGUGCAGUCAAUGACAAAUAUGUUAAACAUGAAUAAUUCAGACGUUAAAAAUGCAGGGUAUUUUGAAGAAGAAAUACUGAAACACGUAAAAAAACAUGGUCCCAAUUUAAUCAGUACAAUUGAAAAUUGGAUUAAAAUGUCUGAAAAAGAAUUAACUGAAGACGAAAAACUUGUCCCUGGAUAUCCAUUAUUACCACUGUCCAAGGGUUUUUGUCUAUCAAUCAUCAAAGCACUAAAAGAUUACAAAGAAGUAUUGAUAUCCAUGAACAUCAUAUUCAAAUAA